AUGGGAGACCUUGAACCAGAUCUUCCAUUUCCGAUCCCGAUCAUUAUCUCAGACGAGGGCGUUUAUCCUCCAUCUGACGAUGGCUGGGCUCGCCUGGUGGAACGCCUGCCAUGGCAAAUUGCAAGAGCCGAGGGUUCAAUCGCGAGCAACCUCCUUCGGUAUCUCAACCCUUUGCCUGUUCUCCGAGAGCUAGUCUGGAGAAACUACCAGGAUACCGAUCCCAGACGCAUGUACGAUGGUUUUGGCCGCUCCAUCCGGAGUAUUGAGGCUGCCCGGAUGCAGAUAUCGGGGGUUCUGGCAGAUAAUCCAUGUGGCAGUUGUGCACGGGGAAAUGGGAUGUUUAGUCGAUGUGUGGUGAUUGUUGGAUGCAACGGAUUGAAACAUUGCGCGAACUGUCAUCUCAGUGGGCACUCGCGUCACUGCGUUUUCCCAAAGCUAGGAGUCGACCCUGGGGGAAGAUCUAGCUCGAACUCACCCCCGUCGGCGAAUCGAGCAGGCCCCAGCCCGCCUCUGAAUACUUCUCAUCCUAUGACACCUUCACCAAGGAAUCGGGUCGCUUUACAUCCCCUGCCAGCUAGGCCUAGCCUUAGCCCACUACUACAAGGGUCUCGGGGAAGCAGCAAUUCUUCUUCGAAUUCGUCUAGCCCUGGCCCUAGCCCACUCGUACCAUCGCCUCGGCCAAGCGUCAAUUUCUCGUGGAACUCUUCUAGGUCUACCCCUAGCCCACUCGUGCCAGUGCCUCGCGCUAGUGUCAACUCCUCGCGGAGCUCUUCUACGUCUAGCUCUUGCCCACUCGUACCAGUCCCUCGGGCAAGCGUCAAUUCCUCGUCGAAUUCUUCUAGCCAUUACCCUCGAGCUGGUUCCUCAGUAUCGGGCAGAUAUCGUCCCCGAUGCGCACCUACUGAUCGUGGUUCCAAACACGGUAGUCCUGACGAGGCCCAUGUCAGCGACUCUGCUGGUAUUCAAGAUAAUAUGCGAGGGCAGGGCUCUCUACCUCCUCGCCCUCCUUCCUCGACAACAGCGGCUAACACUACGGCGCAAAGGAUGAGCCCAUCCCUCCCUCCCCGACCUGUCCAGCAUGGCUCGCCUCUGGGCAAUGAGGAAAAUUUGAGCGAUAAUCGAAGCAAUGAUGAUGUUCCUCGACCUCCACCUCACGGCCUUCAAUCGAACCAAAAUGUCGAAAGGCACCGACCUCCAUUUCCAUACUCUCAUCUCACUCCCCUUUCGGAAAUGCAGCGGCGCGUAACUCAGGUUGAAACCCGACUUCAUGGAAUGGGCUCAGCACAUAUCAAUCUGCACGAAGGAGUGGACAUUCCACUGCUGAAUGAAAGGAUGGCAUUGAACCAGGAACUUGCCCUCCUUAGGACCCUUUUGCGUCAGCGGUCGCAAGGUCAACAGCGCAGUUGA